AUGUUGAUUUGCGUGGACAAAAUUUGUGCUAACUAGUGCCAAGAUUGACUAACUCUGAAGCACUGUUACAACAAUCUAUAGAAUCGAAUCAUGUCUUUCUUUAUAAAGAAAAAAGGACCUCCAAAGGUUUUCAAAAAGAGCGAGAAUUCAUCCGGUUCAAAACGAAAGGUAAGGAGGUAGCUAACGUUAGCUAGCUACACGUAGCUAGCUGUCUACCUAGCUACUACAAUGCUAGCUAUCUUAACUUUCUUCUGAUCUGUGAUGUUGGUUUAGAAUGAUGGAGACACGGGAAACAAACUCAAGAAGAAGCUCAAUUCAAAGCACAAUGAAGAAAUCUCCAGCGACUCUGAAACAGAAGGGUAGGCUUACUUACUGUAGUUGGCUGGCUGACCAGUUAGCUAUCUAAGUUGGCGAGCAAACUGAUUAAUUUUUAGCUGUGUGAGUGGACAAAACAUCAGUUGAAACAAUAUCGUUAUGUAGCCCUGCAGUGCACAGAAAAAGGAGGGCCAAUGUCGAAGAAGAGUUUGAUGAGACUCCACAGGAAAAGAAACUACGAUUAGCCAAGCUCUACCUUGACCAAUUGAGGGAUGAGGGUAAGGGAGUAACGUUAGCUAGCUACUGUAACUAUUAAUUGAACUGUGCUAAAUUGCUUUAUAUAAAACGUUGUGUUUAAGUGCUUGUUUGGAAUCUGAUGCUUCACUGUUCUGUCUUCAUGUCUUAUCAAUAGAAGAAAAGAAGGCAGAGGAAGAGUCUUUUGAGACUGACCUGAUAGCUGGAAGACUUCAAGAAGAAGUGGUAAGUGUACUAGCUCCAACAUUGUAAUGCUGAUUAUAGCUCUAAUAUACAUCACAAGUCCUUUUAUGAAUAUGGUAUUGACCUUAUAGUGACCAAGUUCUGUUUUCCUCAGCUUGAGCAGAAAGGAAAGCUUCAACGGAUGGUUGCAAAAGAUGUGAGUAUCUGUGUUGGGUGUCUCCCAUAAAAGCACUCUCUGUGUAUGUCCAUCCAGUAUCCACACAGUAUUAGUUUUCUAUGGCCCAUAGUGAGUUGUGUAACACCAAAGCUGUGGUCAUUGAGUAGGGCACAUUGAAAAAUGAAAACAAACGUUUUUGAUUGGACCUACCCAUUUCUGUCCACUUCUGUUUCGUGCCUACUAAACACAACCCCUAUGUUGUCAUGGUUUCCAGCUCCUGCCACCAGACACAUCAGAGAUUCGUAUGUUGCGAGGCCACAAGCUGCCAGUCACCUGUCUGGUCAUCUCUCCUGAUGACAAGCAUGUCUUCUCCGCUGCCAAAGACUGCUCCAUCAUCAAAUGUGAGUCAACAUUAUAUUUGUUUGUUUACUUUCUUCUCCAAAAUAAUCAAAGAUAUGUUUGAUGUUGUACUGAAAUAGACUGCACAAAAUCUGUCAUGCUACCUAAAAUGCAACACAGUUAAAGUGCGCUUACUCAUGUAUUCUCCCAUUUUCUUCUGUAACUGCAGGGGAUGUAGAGAAUGGUAAGAGACUGCACACAAUAGCUGGUGGGAGGAAAGGAACAGAGGAUCGCCAUGUUGGACAUACAGCCCAUGUCCUGUGUAUGUCCAUAUCAUCGGACGGCAAGUACCUGGCAACGGGUGACAUUAAUAAGUUGAUCAUGAUUUGGGAGGCAGCAACAUGUAAACACCUGUACAAGUUCACAGGACAUAGAGGCCCUGUGUCGGUAAGCUCUUCUUCCUUUAAAAUGUUAUUUCUUUUAAAUUCAUAUUAUUUUUGUCGCACCCUCUCACAAACUGAGCCAUCUGUUCUCCACAGGGCCUGUCCUUCAGGAGGGGCACCCAUGACCUGUACAGUGCCUCUCACGACCGCUCCAUCAAGGUGUGGAACGUGGACGAAAACGCCUAUGUGGAAACCCUGUGAGUAGCUGACUAGUAAUGUCUGUGUGUUUCUUCAGGUUGGCAUAAGAAUUGUUUGUGUUUUAUUGACCGUGUGUUUGUCUCCCUAGAUUUGGUCACCAGGAUGUGAUCACGGGGCUGGACAGUGGGAGUCGGGAGCGCUGUGUGACUGCAGGGGGGAGGGACCGCACUGUGAGGGUGUGGAAGAUUGCUGAGGAGUCCCAGCUAGUGUUCCAUGGCCAUGAGUGAGUCUUCCUGGACUCCUUUCUCUCUCUUUCUCUGUGUUAGUCAGUCUGACAACACUGUAUAGAGUCUGUUGGUCCGAGACAGUGUCUAUUGUCCUUGUGUGUUAACCUACUGGGACUGCUCCUCCCACUCUCGCUCAGGGGCUCCAUCGACUGUAUCCAGCUCAUUAAUGAAGAACACAUGAUAACAGGCGCUGAUGAUGGGUACGUGUUUGGAUUUAUACUCCACUAGGUGUCAUCAUACUUCACACCUGUAGAGGUUCUGUAACCACUUUGUGACUUCUCCCCAAACGGCACAGUAUGGUGUCUUACAAAUGUUUUCAUUAGUCAAAAACGAUUUCUCUUCCUCACCCCAGCUCCGUCUCCCUCUGGAGUGUGAACAAGAAGAAGCCCCUCAGCACGGUGAAGGCAGCCCAUGGGCGGCAUGGCGACUUCGGGCUGGAGCAGCCCUACUGGGUGGCAGCCGUGGCAGCUCUGCAGAACUCUGACACUGUAGCCUCAGGUACCACCGGCUGUGAGAGUCAGCAGCUUUAUAACACUCGUCUGCACACAGCUCUGUCUCGUCUAUACACACACAGCUCUGUCUCGUCUAUACACACACAGCUCUGUCUCGUCUAUACACACACACAGCUCUGUCUCGUCUAUGCACACACAGCUCUGUCUCGUCUAUGCACACACAGCUCUGUCUCGUCUAUGCACACACAGCUCUGUCUCGUCUAUACACACACACACAGCCCUGUCUCGUCUAUACACACACACACAGCUCUGUCUCGUCUAUACACACACACACAGCUCUGUCUCGUCUAUACACACACACACAGCUCUGUCUCGUCUAUACACACACACAGCUCUGUCUCGUCUAUACACACACAGCUCUGUCUCGUCUAUGCACACACAGCUCUGUCUCGUCUAUACACACACAGCUGUGUCUCGUCUAUGCACACACAGCUCUGUCUCGUCUAUGCACACACGGCUCUGUCUCGUCUAUGCACACACAGCUCUGUCUCGUCUAUACACACACAGCUCUGUCUCGUCUAUGCACACACAGCUCUGUCUCGUCUAUACACACACAGCUCUGUCUCGUCUAUACACACACAGCUCUGCAGAACUAUUGACACCGUAGCUUCGGCUGUGAACGUCCUCUUCGCCAGCUUUGCUAUACACUGUCUCAUCUAUACACACCGUGUGUGAGUUAUUAGUAAUGAUCAACCCCAAACUUCCAGCUCUCCUUGCUAUAAUGCGUACUGUAAAUCUGUAGUGUGAUACUCUAUAUUAGUGCGCAAUCCUUGGUCCUAUACACUCCCCUCCAUAUUUAGUUGGACGGUGAAGCUAAAGUGUGUAAAUUCGGCUCUACUCUAACAUCCAACAAGUUUGUAGAGUCACAAGUUAUUACGUGCUAGCAAUAUGGGAGCAAAUACUAAACUUUUGACUACUUUGUCCAAAGACUUAUGGAAAAAUAACUUAUUCAAAUGGGGGGGGCAAGAUGCAUAAAGUGCUAUCAUUUCUAAUCGGAUAAAUAUAUAUGUAUUAAAAUACUGUACUGUCACCUCAAACAUUUGAUCUCAAAUCCAAAAUGUUGGAGUAUAGAGCCAAAUGUACCAAUUUUAGCUUCACUGUCCAAAUAAAUAUGGAGGGGAGUGUAUUAGGAGUUGACUGCUAAUAUUUACCUGUCCAAUUGAUGCUGGAAUUGAACAACUGUUGUCACUUGGUAGGUUCACACAACUCUAAGGUGCAGCUAUGGAAGUGUGGCCAGGGGUUCCGUCACCUGGAGCCUCUCUUCAGCAUCCCUGUGGUAAGCAAGUCCCAGCUACACUGCUCCAUACCUAAUAAUAAUAUGCCAUUUAGCAGACGCUUUUAUGCAAAGCGACUUACAGUCAUGCGUGCAUACUUUUUUUUUUUUGUGUAUGGGUGGUCCCGGGGAUCGAACCCACUACCCUGGCGUUACAAGCGCCGUGCUCUACCAGCUGAGCUACAGACUCCCCCCUGCAGUCACCCAUUUAAAAAAAAUAUAUAUAUAUUUCUCCUUUUUUAUUUAGCCAGUUGAGAACAAGUUCUCAUUUACAACUCUGACCUGGCCAAGAUAAAGCAAAGCAGUGCGAUUUAAAAACAACAACAGAGUUACAUAUGGAAUAAACAAAACAAUGUCAAUAACACAAUAUAAAAUCUAUAUACAGUGUGUGCAAAUGUAGUAAUUUAUGUAGGUAAAGCAAUAAAUAGGCCAUGGUGCAAAAUAAUUACAAUUUAGUAUUACACUGGAGUGAUAGAUGUGCAGAGAUGAUGUGCAAAUAGAGAUACUGGGUGCAAAUUUAGCAAAAUAAAUAACAUUUACAUUACAUUUUAUCAUUUAGCAGACGCUCUUAUCCAGAGCGACUUACAUUUAGCGCAUACAUUAUUUUAUCGAACCCCAACCCUGGCGUUGCAAACGCCAUGCUCUACCAACGGAGCUAACAUCCCUGCCGGCCAUUCCCUCCCCUACCCUGGACAACUCUGGGCCACUUUUGCGCCGCCCCCAUGGGGUUCUCCCGUCGCGGCGGCUCGCCAGAGCUGGAUGCGAACCAGAUCUCAGUGGCAUCAGGCUAGCACUGCGAUGCAGUGCUUAGACCACUGCGCCACUCGGGAGACAUACAAUGUAAAUAACAAUAGGGAGGAGUAGUUGGGUGUGGCUAAUUACAGAUGGCUGUGUACAGGUGCAGUGAUCGGUAAGCCUGCUCUGAACAACUGAUCUUAAAGUUAGUGAGGGAGAUAAAAGUCUCCAGCUUCAGAGAUUUUUGCAGUUCGUUCCAGUCAUUUGGCAGCAGAGAACUGGAAGGAAUGGCGGCCAAAGGAGGUGUUGGCUUUGGGGAUGACCAGUGAGAUAUACCUGCUGGAAUGCAUACUAUGAGUGUGUGUUGCUAUGGUGACCAAUGAUCUAAGAUAAGGCAGGGAUUUGCCUAGAAGUGAUUUAUAGGUGACCUGGAGCCAGUGGGUUUGGCGACGAAUAUGUAGUGAGGGCCAGCCAACGAGAGCGUACAGGUCACAAUGGUGGGUAGUAUAUGGGGCUUUGGUGACAAAACGGAUGGCACUGUGAUAGACUACAUCCAAUUUGCUGAGUAGAGUGUUGGAAGCUAUUUUGUAAAUUACAUCGCCGAAGUCAAGGAUCGGUAGGAUAGUCAGUUUUACGAGGGCAUGUUUAGCAGCAUGAGUGAAGGAGGCUUUGUUGUGAAAUAGGAAACCGGUUCUAGAUUUAACUUUGGAUUGGAGAUUCUUAAUGUGAGUCUGGAAGGAGAGUUUACGGUCUAACCAGACACCUAGGUAUUUGUAGUUGUCCACAUAUUCUAAGUCAGACCCGCCGAGAGUAGUGAUUCUAGUCGGGCGGGUGCAAGCAGCGUUCGAUUGAAGAGCAUGCGUUUAAGAGCAGUUGGAGUUGGACGCCACGGAAGUAGUGUUGUAUGGCAUUGACGCUCGUUUGGAGGUUUGUUAACAGUGUCCAAUGAAGGGCCAGAUGUAUACAAAAUGGUGUUGUCUGCGUAGAGGUGGAUCUGAGAGUCACCAGCAGCAAGAGCGACAUCAUUGAUAUACACAGAGAAUAGAGUCGGCCCAAUAAUUGAACCCUGUGGCACCCCCAUAGACUGCCAUAGGUCCAGACAACAGGCCCUCCGAUUUGACACAUUGAACUCUAUCUGAGAAGUAGUUGGUGAGGCAGUCAUUUGAGAAACCAAGGCUAUUUAGUCUGCCAAUAAGAAUGCGGUGAUUGACAGUCAAAAGCCUUGGCCACGUCGAUGAAGACAGCUGCACAGUACUGUCUGUACUGUCUUUUAUCGAUCGCGGUUAUUCUAUCGCUUAGGACCUUAAAUGCGUUGCAUUCAAUCAUUGUGUAGCAUGACAAUGUGGUAAACACCAUUGGAUGUCAUUCAAACAUUAAGCAUUGAGCCUAUUUGUAUCAAAUAAAAUGUAAUUGGUCACAUACACAUAUUUAGCAGAUGUUAUAGUGGGUGUAGCGAAAUGCUUGUAUAGGCCUAUGUGUAUGAGAAAUUGACUAGUACGAGUGUUCUGCAUUAAAACAUCUGUCUUCUCACUAAAGCAUUCUGUCUCCUCUCUCUUGUAGACUGGUUUUGUCAACAGUCUGAAGUUCUCCAGCUCUGGAAAGUUCCUGGUGGCAGGAGUGGGACAGGAGCACAGGUAUGUACCCAGCUACUUACCUGUCAUACAGAGAUAUUGCCCAGAGCGUACUUACUAGCAUUAUACACUCAUUGACUGACUGGCUGAAUGAUUGAUUGAUCAAAAGCCUCACUAUAUUGAUCAUAUACUCUGUGCCUAACCUUUGAGUUAAACAAGCCUGUUUUCAGUGUUCUGUAUGGAAGUAGUUGCAAUGAGGACAGGUGCCCACAAGGUGGCACUUAUUUCACUCCCAAAUCCUAAGACCCCCUCGACUUCUUGUGGCAGUGAUGGAAAUAAAUCCUUCCCUGUUUUUCUUAUUACAAUAUUAAAUGGCUUCUUAUACUGUGUUCACGUGCUAGUUGGAACUCUGAAAUGUCAGACUUGCUAAGUCAUUGUAGACAGAUGAUCCCGAGUUUCCCACUUGGGAAGUAUCAGAAUUAACCAAUGGGAAGAUCUACGCAAAUGACUUACAUUAUUUUUAACUCGGACACAUCCUUAUAUACUACAUCAUUUUACUCUUAACUUUAUUCAUGCAUUAUCUGUUUUGUCAAUUAUCUUUGUUUUUGUUAAUAAAGUCUUUGUUGUCAGGCUUGGUCGGUGGUGGAGACUGAAGGAAGCGAAGAACGGACUCUAUAUUAUUCCUCUGAAAAGACAACAGCCAGAGCAGGAAGAGGUCCAGAAUGGAGACGAGAAUGGGUGUAGCUGAUCUAUGUAUGCCUUAGCCUGUGUAUGAACAUUUAUUUAGAUUUUGUAAAUUAAAUUCUUUACACAAAUGCUAUUUGUAUUACCUAUCAGUUAACUACAGUAAACAGGG